AUGGCUGAUUCAACAAGUUGGAUUAAAAGAAAUAUGUUUGAUUCUCCGGAUGUCAAGAGUAAAGUAAACCGGCGAAUGUUAACUGAAGCCGAAGUAAGAGUCCAGAGAUCAUUGGAAAAAUUAUCAAUACCAGAUUGGUAUUUGAAUAAUUCAUCUAAGGCGCCGAAAAUAUUGCUGAGAAAUUCUCCAGAUUUACGUUCAAGUUGGCGGAAUUCAUCCGGAAAAUCACCCAUGCAGUACCAUAAAUUAAGUGAUUCUCACGACAGACGAUUUAGUAUGAACACGUCAUACCCGACUCCAAAACCAGCGCACGUGGUUAAUAAUAACCCCAACCAAACCGUAGGAGUUUUGCUUGAAACAUCAUUCGACCAGCGUAUAAAAGCGCAACCACCAAAACCACCCCUUCGUAAGAUAAAAACCAACAUCAGUAAAACUUUUCCAAAACUCUCGCCAUCUCGGAAGAUAGAAAACAUCAACAUCGUCUUCCCUCCGAAGAAAGACUUGGAGAAAAGCGGAACCGAUGCAUCGUCUCAGACUUCCUCUGAGGGGCUCAACAACUCGAACACACAAGUGACCAACGAGAAAAUCAAAACCCCUCAGCUUUACAAUACCGCGAUGAUUGACGAAGUGACAUUGAGCACUACACCCUACGAGAGUGACCCGUCGUUAAACUUUUUCAAUAAAAAAUUAAAAAACAAAUUUUCUGAGUACCUCCAUCUCUGUCCAGUCGACUCUAAAUCCGGGAGUUCUCUGAUGCCUAUUGAAGAAACCAGCGAAGGGAGCUCCAGCCGAACAACACCUUCGCCGACGCUCAACGAGACUUUCUUGAUAACUAAUAAAAAAUCGUCAACUUUGGAGAAAAUUGUCAAAGCUGAGCGACCCAGACGGCCCAACAAAUUAGUCCUGGAAAUUAUUGAGACUUUGAAGAAGAGGACUUUUAAUAAAAGCGACUCUGAAAAUAAUUCUGACCAGUCUCGGGAGAAGAUUGAGCCGGUAAAAACUGUUGUCAAUAUUGCUAAAUCAAAAGUUCCAACUACGAAAUCUUAUCCUGUUAAAUGUAUCCAAGCUGAUCCGGAGCCGACUGAAGCUGAAAUUUUGAGGAGAAAAAUUAUUGAAGAAAAGAAACGGGAGUAUUAUACUAAAUUGGCUUAUUUGGAGAAACUUAAGAAGAUGCGUGGUAUUCCUACUGGAGAAAAGGUUCAAAAUUCCAGUGAAAAUACCAGAAAAUCUGUACAAAACAAUCAACAAACUCCAAAGCAAAAAGUCACUGAGGCUAAACUCAGCGAGGUUAAUGAUCCAAAUUUAUCUUACAGCAAGCGUACUCCUUGCCGAGAAACUACUGAGGCUCUGAAACGCUACCAAGCUAAAAAAGGAAUCAGACAUACCAGCUCUCCUAUACGUCAACCUCUCAGAAAAGAGGAGGAAGAUCAUGAAGACGAGAAUAACAACUCUGGGCUUCUUCAGGACAUCAUCGAGGAGUUUCGUAAAAAGUGUCGAGUUUCCCGUAAGCAAAAAUCAACUCCGGGCUCCAGCAACUUUGUCAGGAAGCUGGUCGACGUUUUGGAGCGAAGUGUUGACCAGAGCUGCGACGUUUCUUUUAUUUCUUCCGUUCAUCCGGUUGAGGAAGAACAUGAAAUUGACCUCAGCGACCACGAGAGUAUUUACAACACAAACUCAACCAGUAUUUCACUUAAAAAUUCUGACAGUGACGUGUACGCUUCCUCGACCUCGCCUGACAUGAACUGGAGCACGGUGGCCAACACUGGCGCUCAUCCCAUCGAGGAUGAAGAUGAAGAUGUAGAUGUCUUCUGGAUUCCGAUGCCCAAGAAGCCGCUGCCCAGACCUCAACAUUCAAUCAUCAGUCCUUGCAAUCUUGGUAACAGAUACAUCAAGCCUCUGUACAAUUCCAAGUCUUCUCCUAAGUAUUCUUCUCGCUUAAGCCCUUCAAGGCGCUAUGGCAUCCAGGGCUCUUAUAAUUAUGACGCCCAAAGACAAAUUUGGACUUCUACUUUAAAUAAUCCUAAUGGAAAAAAAUCACAUAAGUAA